AUGGUAACCAAACAGAGCGUAAAGGAAACACCCCGUAGCAAAACAUUGCUUGUCAGGUUCUACUUUAUAAUAUUAUUAAGUAAAAAAUGGUCCACAUUUUCUUGCAAAACAUGCAACAGAAGCAAAAGCACUAGAGAAGAAAGGGGAAAAGGCAAGAGGAUCUGUUUUUGAGGAGAUGGGCAAGCUGUUUGUGGUGAAUCUUGAAGGGAAGAUCUAUAGCUGCAAGCACUGCAGAACCCAUCUUGCUCUGUAUGAAGAUAUUGUUUCAAAGUCCUUCUACUGCAGGCAUGGGAAAGCAUAUCUCUUCAAUAAGGUAGUGAACGUCUCCCUAGGAGUGAAAGAAGAGAGAUCGAUGAUAACUGGUUUGCAUACUGUCGUUGACAUUUUCUGUGUUGGAUGCGGAUCAAUUGUGGGUUGGAAAUAUGAGAUUGCCCAUGAAAAGAGCCAAAAGUACAAGGAAGGAAAAUCGGUUCUCGAGCGGUUUAAGAUAGCUGGUCCUGAUGGAAGCAGCUAUUGGGUGAAUCAAGAAGCGCAUGUCGGUGGAAGCGAUGCAGAUGAUGUCUGAUUGCUCUUCAUUUUCAAUUGUACAUUCUUUCUCUAAUGUUCUUUACCUUAACUCUAUGUGAACUAGGAAAAUAUCAAAAAUCCUGAUUUCAUCGGCUCGCUUAUCUUGCUGUCAAAUAACAUGAUUCUAAAACAUUGGAUUGUUGAUUCUGAUGUAUUCGAUGCUCAGUUUCAUUCUGUUGAA